GGCCCCUGGGCGAGUCCGGGACCCCGUGCAGGUCAGAAUCCGCGGGCGGUGGGCAGCUCCCCGGGGUCUCCGGGCGCCCGGGGUUAAGACCAUCUCCUUUCCUCUUCCAGGGUGGGCUCGGGGAGGGGGUGGAAGUUACCGGCUCCAUUUACAGGAGAAGGAACAGCGAAUUGACUCGCCCAGAGUCUUGGGGCUGGUAAGCGGCCCAGGCUGCACUCAGUCCUAGAACAGGCCCCACACCAAAGCACCCCUUCCCUUUCCACAGUUACAAGGCCAUUUACGAGGCAGGAAGGACGAGGCCUGGGGGCAUCAUCAUCUUACGUUUGCAGCGUCCAUCCGUUCGUUCAACAGGUGCUUCAUGCCAGCCGCUCUGCCCAGCACCAGCCAGUUCAGCAGUUAGGAGAGCCACCCGCUCCCCGCGGGACCUCAUGGAGUGUAUCACCAAAGCCCUUCCCGCUAAUCCUCACUUUAUAAGAACUCCUACUCACCUAAUGGACUAUGACACACUCCCAGAGUGAUCCUAAGGUCUGGCCAUUGGGAACCAAUUGUAACUGUUCAUGGACACGUGGAUUGAAGAAUGCUGAGGACUUACCCCACAACAAUAGGGCAAGGUAAGCCUUACCACACACUUUCGAAAUCAGUGCUUCCUGCUCCUAUGACAUCAUCGGCUCUGUUCCCACUGGAGGGCAUAUCAUUCCUCAAACAGGAACUUGAAACUGCAUCUGGAUAUUGCAGGAUGGCCCGCACUUUGGAACCACUGGCAAAGAAGAUCUUUAAAGGAGUUUUAGUAGCUGAAUUUCUGGGUGUUGCUGGAGCGUAUGUUUUGUUUAAUAAGAUGGACACAAGCCAAGAUUUUAGGCAAACAAUGAGCAAGAAAUUUCCCUUCAUCUUGGAAGUUUAUUACAAAUCCAUUGAAUAUUCUGGAAUGUAUGGAGUGAGACAGCAAGAUCAAGAAAAAUGGUUGAACAACAAAAGUAAGGAAUUUGGCCACUGAUCACAGUUUAUCCUAUUUCAUUCUAUCAAGCACGAUUAAAUUUCCAAAGUUGACAUGGAUAGAUUUUGGAAUAUUUAAGGCAAAAUGUAAAUUCUAAUUAAGCCAGACGUUUUAUUCUUUGGACUGUGAAGAAAUUUAUGGAAGGUAUGCUUAUUAUGUUAUAAAUCAAGUUUUAUUUACACCACUCAAAAUAAAGUGGUUCUCCUUUAAAAAAAAACACACCUAUAAUUCUGGAUAUGUAAACUUUUCAAAAUAGAUAAAAAAGUAAAAUCUAUUUUUUAAUACUACAAUUUGCAUCUUUGAUAGCAAUGUCUCUGGCACUACUAGAAUCACUUUUUAAAAAAAGCUGUACUAAGGAAUAAAAUUUGUCAUAAAAUUCA